CGCCAACUUCAGACACCCAAAGGGGUCCUCACCACCAGCCAUCCUAGGAGCGACUGCAGAAAAAUCAACACAGAAAUUUGAGCGGUGGCGUUUCUUGUGAUCGGUCUGCAGGAACCUCGGCACGGCCCUCGGCUCAAGGCUCACUUCGGUGCACAGCGCCCUCGGAACGGUACCGGGGGCCCCAGGUCCUCAACACACACGAACCGAUCCAAGAUGACGACCGACUUCAAUGGAAAGUGGAAACUGGUCGACUCGGAGAAUUUUGAUGCUUAUUUACAAGCUGUGGGGGUAAACUUCAUGAUCCGUCAGCUGGCGAAAGCGGCCACCCCCAGACAGGAGGUUCAGCAGAACGGCGACAACUUCGUCAUCAAGAGCAGCGGACUGCAGACCAAGGUCACCAACUUCACCAUCGGGGAGGAGUUCGAGGAUGAUUCACCCAUCGGAAAAGUCAAGUGUACAAUAACCUGGAAGGACGGGAAGCUCCACACCUCUAUAGAGGGACCCCGAGGUCACAUGUGGUCAGAACGAGAGAUGCGGGAGGACGGCAGGUGUUAUCUCACGAUGUCGGCACCGAACGGGACGACUGCAGUCAGGAUCUUUGCCAGGGACGAGUAGCCAUGGUAACCGUAACCAUGGCAACCAGACGACGCUACCAUGUCUGAUUACAAUUUAAGAAUCAAUCAGUAUGUUUUUACUGUUCAGAAUUGUGAAGUUUAAGGU